GAACGAGAGAAUAACAAACGGCGAGAGCGGCGGAUACGCGCGAUUGCGGCUAAGAUCUUCGCGGGACUUCGGAUUCAUGGGAACUUCAAGCUUCCCAAACACUGCGAUAACAACGAAGUUCUUAAAGCUCUUUGCAAUGAAUCUGGUUGGACCGUCGAAGACGACGGAACUACUUACCGUAAGAAUGAUAACUGCAUUUUCAUGGGUACCAAAAGGGGCUGCAAAGGCCAUACCUGAUCGUGCUGAACUUCCUUCUAAGGAGGAAAUCGAAAAGCUCAAAGAGACUUGUGAUCAAGUUUACAGUGAGGACGAAGAAGACAAUACUGAGGAUGAAAAAGAGAAUGGUGAAGUUGCUCACGCGAAAACAAUAGCAGAAGCUUUUGGAAAAUCUUCCAGAAGCAAGAAUGCUUCUUCUUCAAUUGAGGUUGAUGACUUAAAUGAUGAUUUUAUGAAAGAACUCGACAUGGAUAAUUACGAUGAAGAAGAUUAUAGAAUUGAAAUUCUUAGCUCCGGGAAUGGAGGUCUUUAUUAUGCGAGCAAUGAGAUGGAUCCAUAUCUCAUGAAUCAUGAUGAUAGUGAUGACUCAGAUGAAGAUGAGGACCAGACAAUCUUACCAACCAAGUCAAUAAUUGUCUGCGCUAAGACCGACGACAAUGAUGCUAGCUAUCUUGAUGUUUGUGUAUGCGAGGAAACAUCGAAUGGUUACCCAAAUAUUUAUAGUCGUGGUAGAUUUGAAUUGCCAACAGCUCCGUUGUGUACUGCUUGGCUUGAUUGUCCACUUAAAGGAGGAGAAAAAGGAAAUUUCUUAGCUGUUGGUUUGUAUAAGAAGCCCAUGAUAGAGAUAUGGGAUCUUGACGUUAAAGACGAGGUGUUACCUUGUGUACAACUAGGAGGAAAAGAGAAAGGGCAUUACAAAGAAGGUAGCCACACUAGAUCAGUUCUUGGUCUUGCUUGGAAUAGGGAGUUUCGAAACACUCUUGCUAGUUCUAGUGCUGACAAAAAGGUUAAAGUUUGGGAUAUGGCUACUGAAAAAUGUAUGAUUACUAUGGAGCAUCACACAAAGAAGGUUCAAGCGGUUGCUUGGAAUCAUUAUGCUCCAGAAGUGCUUCUUAGUGGGUCGUUUGACCAGACUGUUGUAUUGAAUGACGGAAGAAAGCCUUCACACUCGGGUUUCAAAUGGUCAGUCAUGUCCAAAGUAGAAAGCUUGGCCUGGGAUCCACACAGUGAACAUUCCUUUGUGGUAAGUCUUAAAAAUGGAACUGUAAAGGUUUUCGAUGUACGUCAAGCCUCAAAUUCAGCCUCUGAUUUAAAACCAAGUUUCACUCUCCAAGCACAUCACAAACCAGCCACCUGCGUCUCAUACAACAUUUCAGCGCCUAAUCUUUUGGCAACGGGGUCUAUGGAUAAAACGGUUAAGCUCUGGGAUCUUUCAGACAACAAGCCUUCAUGCAUUGCUUCUCACAUACCAAACGCUGGAAGCUUAUUUUCCAUUGAUUUCUCUCCGGAUAAUCCUUUCUUACUCGCUAUCGGUGGCACAAGGGGGGAUCUAAAAGUUUGGGACACACUUUCUGACACAAAUGUCUCCCGUAGAUACGGAAGCAGCCGAGCCCGACCAUAAUAGUCUUUAGUCAAGCUGUGAGAUUGGUCUUAGAUUCGAACACACUUAACCCAAAUUUGGUUUUGUUUUAUUUUUCAUGUAGCAUAUAGAGCUAAUGAGCAGUAAAAGAAUUAAUAUUUAAUCACUUUAGUUAUACAUCGGAAAC